GACAUCUGGGACAGUCCUGCGGCUCUUUGAUCAGAUCAAACACAGCCUCGUUUCAAAGAUGGCAUGAGUUCGUUGUACCACUUGAGCUUCCUGAAGCAUCCCCUGGCCAAUGAGUAACUGAGCCAAAGAGGAUUGUCAUCCGGUAGCUCGACCAGAUGACGUGGUAUGAUCCUAGCUGCUCUGAGAUCGAUGUUCUCACAGUUGUUUUCCAGGUAGUGGCUGAACCUAGAUUCACAGUCGGCUCCUUACAUUCCGGGCUGUGGACUCGCGGCGCGCUCGUGGGCUUUUCUUGGCAGCGGAGCCAAGCCCGCCAAGCCCGCCGGAAGCUUUUUGUGCUAACAAUCAAAGCACCUCCGUUGGGAACAGGAUGGUAUGUCGACCGCGUCGUUUCCCUGCCUGUUCGUUCUUCUAUAUGCCUAUUGAAUCUGAUUUAGAUCACGAUUUUUACUUUUGUGUGUUAUCAUCCGCGAGGUCCCCAUUACAGGUUUUGUUCGAUUCUAUUCGAUUUUGUUGAUAUAUGACAUUGUCCUGUUAUCGCCCAGCACUUGGCAUGCGAUUCCUCCAGUGCAGAUCUUUUCAGCAAUUGAAAAACACGCCGGUCUAGCCUCUCUGUGGCGGGCUAAUCUCAUUUCCUUACCAUGGGGCAUGGGCUUGAUCGUAAUUGAUUUGUGCCUUUAGGCAAAUCAAAAACAAAAAUUUUUUUCUUCAUCCA